AUGUCUCGAACCAACAAACUCGCCCCGGACACGAAUCGCAUCCUCUUCGUCAAAAAUCUAGCCUACAACAUCGAUACGCCCGCCCUCUUCGAUCUCUUCGGAAAAUUUGGUCCCAUCAGACAAAUCCGCGCCGGAACCGACAAUAAGACCAAGGGCACAGCGUUCGUCGUCUACGAGGAUGUCAUGGACGCAAAGCAGGCUUGUGAUAAGCUGAACGGGUUCAAUUUCAUGAACCGAUACCUCGUCGUUCUAUACCAUCAGCCGGAAAAAAUGCAGGUUGCGGUCAAGGAUGACAUAGCAUCCCGAAUGGAUGAGCUAGAGAAAAAGAAGAGGGAGCAUGGCAUUGAUUGA